CAAUGCAAUGCAGGCGAGAAACGCUAACUGGGGCGUUCCAAAAAUUAUAUACGCCUCCCGUACGCAUUCUCAAUUAACACAAGCAAUGCAGGAGUUGAAGCGUACCUCGUACUCGUUUAUGCGCGCUGUGGUGUUGGGCUCACGGGAUCAACUGUGCAUUCACCCAGAAGUUAUGCGCGAACAAGGCAAUUCCAACAAAGUGCAACUUUGUAAAUUGCGCAUACAGACGCGAACUUGCANGGGUAAAACGUUGAGCCUUUUAUGUGCAUCUCUGGCUUGGCUGCUAUCACGUAAAUCCGAAAUGCAAUCAUUAGUGCAACUCCAUGCAAGAGGUGGCGCUGCAGCUCAGCAAGCAGUGACCGAAUUCAAUGCAAUGCAGGCGAGAAACGCUAACUGGGGCGUUCCAAAAAUUAUAUACGCCUCCCGUACGCAUUCUCAAUUAACACAAGCAAUGCAGGAGUUGAAGCGUACCUCGUACUCGUUUAUGCGCGCUGUGGUGUUGGGCUCACGGGAUCAACUGUGCAUUCACCCAGAAGUUAUGCGCGAACAAGGCAAUUCCAACAAGGUGCAACUUUGUAAAUUGCGCAUACAGACGCGAACUUGCACAUUCUAUAAUCGCGUCGAGUCAAAGAAAGACAGUGCUGAAUUAAAAGAAUCGUCCGUAAUGGAUAUAGAAGAUUUGGUGCGAGUGGGGCAAAAACUCAAAGUAUGCCCAUAUUAUGUAUCCAAAGAGUUGACCAGCGAUGCGGAUAUCACGUUUAUGCCGUAUAACUAUUUAUUAGACCCUAAAGCACGUAAAGCUAAUAAAGUGGAGUUGAGCAAUACAAUUGUUAUAUUGGAUGAGGCACACAAUAUUGAAAAAAUUUGCGAAGAAUCGGCAUCAGUGCAAAUACGCUCAUCGGACAUAGCGUUGGCAAUCGACGAUGUGACGCACGUGAUGAAAUCAAUGAUGAAUGAAAAUGCAUUGGAUUUUAUGAGCAGUGAUGAACCAAAAGAUUUUAAAUUGGAGGACUUAGCAUUACUUAAGGAAAUGUUGUUGGAUCUGGAGAAGGAGAUUGAUAAUAUUAUUGUUGAAAACAAAGCAGAAGGAACAACAUACCCCCCUUCGUUCCUGUUUGAGAUAUUGGCAGCGGCGAAA